AUGGAACAUGAGGAGACAUUGGCAAAUAUGGCUAGGAAUACACGCCAGGGUCAAACGAAUCGACGGACUGGUAAUAACAAUCGGCGAGGGAAUAUGACUAAUAAUGGUAGUGGUUCUCAAGCAGUCGGAGGAAAUCAGGGGCAAGAGUUGGGACACCAAGAACAAGCUGCAAUCCCCAAUCCAAUUGAAAUGGUUCAAGUGCUUCAAACGUUGGCCGGGGUGGUGCAACAACAAACCACCAUAGGGAAUAACUUGACUAGACUUAUGGAGCAACAACAGCGGAUGCAGCCAGGUGUUGGGCCACAACCAAGGCCACGUUGUAACAUUACCGAGUUUAAGAAGAUAGCCUUGGCAUUUGACGGAGCCACAGACCCUUUGGAGGCUGAAAAAUGGUUGACAGAAAUGGAGAAGUUGUUUCCCGUUUUUGAGUGUACGGAUGAUCAGAAGGUGACCUAUGCUACGUUUAUGCUACAAGGGAUAGCUAAUGAUUGGUGGCAGAUGGAGAAGCGCAUACACGAGCAUGAUGCCAACCCCUAUACAUGGGAAAGGUUUAAGAAGGAAUUCAAUGAGAAAUACUUCCCUAGCAGUGUUCCAUUUGAAGCAGAUGAGGAUAGUAGAGCACGAAAGUUUGAAGGUGGACUAAGAACGAACAUUAUGCAACAAGUGGUUCCUUUCGAGUUACCUACUUUUGGAGCAGUGUUGAAUAAGGCUUUGCUAGUUGAGAGUGGCCUUACCAGAGCCCAAGAAGAGAAAGAAGAGAAUUAUAAGAAGAGGCCUAGUUCUUCCAACUUCCAAACUAACAAUUCGAAGGGUAAUGCUAAGAGACAAAACACUUCUUCGGUUGGGAGUUGGGGAAGUCGAACUAUGGGUAGUAGUGUUGAUAAGAAGAAUGAUCGGGUACAAUGCACUAGGUGUAAUGGAUUCCAUCGGGAUAGUGAGUGUCGUUGGAAUACUGGGGCUUGUUUCUCUUGCGGGCAACAGGGGCACAGGAUAUCUGAUUGCCUUAAUUGA